AUGGCCACACAGUACAUGGACAUGAAAGAUCUAUUCGAACAUCUCGAGCUGGACCCCGAUGGCCUGCCAACUGCCGAGGUGCGCAGGAUCUUUGGCCAGAAUGGCCUGCCAAUCUCCAAGGUGCGCGGGAUCUUUGGCCAGAUUGUCAACGGCUUCUCCUUCUUGCACAAAUGUAACAUCGUCCAUCAGGAUCUUAAAGACAAGAAUAUCAUCCUCCACCGGCAUGGUAGUGCCCAACUGAUUGAUUUCGGAAUUGCUGCCUACGUCAGAGAGGGCAGAAAGUUUGAGAUGUUUUUGGGUAAAUUAGAGUGA